ACUGCGGCUUCCCCAGCGCUAGUAGCCGCUGCUCGGCUUUCUCCUCUCUGGUGAAAUUAUUCCGCAGGCUUCAUGUAGGGACGUAAACAUGUCUUUGGUGGGAGGCAGUUCGAGAGGUUUUUAUUUCAACACAGUGCUGUCUCUGGCCCGCUCGCUCGCUGCCCACAGACCUGCCACUUUGGAAAAGGUCCAGAAGCUGCAAUGUAUGUGUCCAGUAGAAGUGCGUGGUGUGUUCACUUUAGAUGUGCGGCGCAGAGAUGCAGUUAUUGCGCUCUCUGUGUUUCUGGUGGAGUCUGGCCUACAGCACAAAGACAUGAUUGUUCCCUACUUGCUGAGCCUAUUGAAAGGCCUUCCACGGGUCCAGUGGAUCGAAGAAGGGUUGGGAAAGAAAGAAAAGGAUUUUCUCCCACUUGCAGAAAACUUCAGUUUUUGUCUAGUAACAAUUUUAUCAGAUGUGGCUCAGAGAGACCCCGGGUCCCGACUGGAUAUCUUAAGCACAAUACUGGAAGUCAUGCGGGUAUUUCAGGACAUAGUCCAAAACCCUGAUAAUCAUGACAAAGUUUUCCUGUGCAGGUACAUUAUCCCCAGUCUGCUCGGCAUGACUCGAGCCUUCGGCCGCUACAGCCAAACAGAAGAAGCCCUGCUGUCCAAGUUGUUCCGCAAAGAUUUGCCUCAGAUCAGCUGCCAGAUCACGGAGGAAAAUGAAAGCGUGCGACGCAGAUCCUUCAACGACUUUCGUUCCAUCAUGCCGUCUGCACUGCUGUCAGUGGUUCAGGGCAACACUGUGAACAGACGCUCAACGUGCGGCUUGGAUUCCUCUGUUCAGACCCUUACAGACCCAGCAGGCCAGUCACCUUGUUCUCCCACGUCUCGUAGCCUACAUAACUUUGAAGUUGCUGUCCCAGACAGCAGCUUGGUAGAGCCUGACUACUAUUUCACUACAGUCAGCUCCAGUUUCUCAAUGUCUCCUCUUUUUAUGGGUGCCAGUGAAAGUGAGGUGGAGAUUCCUCUUGAACUGCUCCAACAGCUCCUCAGCUUGGUGAAAAACUUUGUUUCCGACGCUUUAUUGAAGACUCUGGACACCACUAUGACCGAAGUUACAGAGUCUAAUAAUGGAAUCAACCUCUAUUACAAAACCUUCAGUGACUCCCUGUAUGUGUGUGUGUUCAAAAUGCUGCGAGACACACUCUACAACUUAAAAGCCUUGCAGCCUGCAUUUGUGCGGGAAGUGCACGACUUUGUCCUGGAGCAGUUUAGCAGCAGCCUGUCGGAGCUGCAGCGGGUGCUUCACGAUACGGCGGGGUUGCCCGGGGAACAGAGCUUGCUCAAGCUUCGAUGCCAAGCCAAUGCUGCCUGUGUGGAUCUCAUGGUGUGGGCCAUCAAAGAUGAGCAAGGAGCUGAGAAUUUGUGCACCAAACUAUCAGAAAAGCUUCAGUCAAAAACUUCCAGCAAAGUUAUUAUUGCUCACAUGCCCCUGCUCAUUUGUUGCUUGCAGGGUCUUGGACGUCUCUGUGAAAGGUUUCCGGUUGUUGCCCACUCUGCAUCGACUUCUUUGAAGGAUUUUCUGGUCAUUCCUUCCCCGGUUCUUACUAAGCUCUACAAAUAUCACAGCCAAUGCAGCACAGGCACAGGAGAAAUUAGGAUAAAUGUGACGAAUGAGUAUAGUCAGUCAACCGUCAACUUGUUCACAAAUAAAAGAGACCAGCCCUCCAUGUACGAGCAGCUCAGAGACAUUUCCAUCGAUAACAUCUGCAGAUGUCUCCAAGCCGGUUUGACGAUGGACCACGUGAUCGUAGAGGCCUUUUUAGCAAGUCUCUCCAACCGUCUGUACAUUUCACAGGAGAAUGACAAGGAUGCUCAUCUAAUUCCAGAGCACACCAUCAAAGCGCUGGGUCAUAUUGCAGUCGCUCUCAGAGACACUCCUAAAGUCAUGGAGCACAUCUUACAAAUCCUUCAACAAAAGUUCUGCCAGCCUCCUUCCCAGCUGGACGUGCUCAUCAUAGACCAACUGGGCUGCAUGGUCAUCACAGGGAAUCCGUACAUCUACCAGGAGGUGUGGAAUCUGUUUCAGCAGAUCAGUGUGAAAGCCAGUUCUGUGGUUUACUCAGCCACCAAAGACUACAGAGAUCAUGGCUACAGGCAUUGCUCUCUGGCUGUGAUCAAUGCUUUAGCAAACAUCGCAGCCAACCUGCAGGGGGAGCAACUGGUGGACGAGCUGCUGAUGAACCUUUUAGAGCUUUUUGUCCAACUGGGACUAGAAGGAAAAAGAGCAAGUGAAAGGGCCUCUGACAAGGGAACAGCACUGAAGGCAUCCAGCAGUGCUGGGAACCUUGGAGUUCUUAUUCCAGUCAUAGCUGUGUUGACCAGGCGCCUUCCACCUAUAAAGGAGGCCAAACCUCGUCUCCAGAAGCUUUUCAGGGACUUCUGGUUGUACUCUGUGGUCAUGGGUUUUGCUGUGGAAGGAUCAGGGCUUUGGCCAGAGGAAUGGUACGAAGGCGUGUGUGAAAUCGCCACAAAAUCUCCUCUCCUUACCUUCCCAAGUGGAGAGCCUCUUCGUUCUGAGCUGCAGUACAACUCAGCUCUGAAAAAUGACACAGUGACCCCGGCCGAGUUGAGUGAUCUGCGAUCCACAAUCAUCAAUCUGCUCGACCCUUCUCCUGAAGGCGCCGUCCUCAUCAACAAGCUGGACUUCGCCAUGUCCACCUACCUGCUCUCUGUCUACCGAUUAGAAUACAUGAGGAUGUCCCGAUCCAACGAUGCUGACAGGUUCCAGGUGAUGUUUCGGUACUUUGAGGACAAAGCCAUCCAAAAAGAUAAAUCUGGAAUGCUGCAGUGCAUCAUUUGUGUGGGUGAUAAGGUAUUUGAUGUCUUCCUCCAGAUGAUGGCUGAAAAGCCAAAAACUAAAGAGCAUGAAGAGGAGCUGGAGCGACAUGCUCAGUUCUUAUUGGUCAACUUUAACCACACUCACAAGAGAAUCCGCAGGGUGGCAGACAAAUACCUCUCUGGUCUGGCUGAAACCUUCCCUCAUCUUCUGUGGAGUGGUAGAGUCCUAAAGACCAUGUUGGAUAUUUUGCAGACACUCUCUCUGUCUUUAAGUGCUGACAUUCACAAGGAUCAACCUUACUAUGACAUUCCAGACACACCUUACAGGAUUACUGUUCCAGACACAUACGAAGCUCGAGAGAGCAUCGUUAAGGACUUUGCGGCACGCUGUGGUGAGAUCUUAAAAGAAGCAAUGAAAUGGGCCCCUUCGGUCACAAAGUCCCACCUACAGGAGUACCUGAACAAACAUCAGAUUUGGGUGUCAGGACUCACUCAGCACACAGGCCUCGCCAUGGCCACAGAAAGCAUUCUGCACUUUGCAGGCUACAACAGGCAGAGCACUACACUGGGGGCUGCUUUCCCUCAGGUGACUCAGCUGACAGAGAGACCAGGGUGUGUGAAGAAGGAUUACUCCAACUUUAUGGCAUCACUCAACCUGAGGAACCGGUACACUGGAGAGGUGGCUGGUAUGAUCCAGUUUUCAGAAGCAACUCACAGCCACUCUGACCUUACCAAGCUGAUGAUCAGUCAGAUGACCAGCGCUCUGGAAAGAAAAGACCCUGAAGCCUUCACGCAAUGCAUGUUCAAGAUGGCCGCUCUGCUUAUAAAUACCAAAAACUGUGAUCCACAGCUGCUGCACCAUGUGUGCUGGUCUCCGCUGAAGAUGUUUUCAGAGCAUGGGAUGGAAACUGCUAUCGCCUGCUGGGAAUGGCUGCUUGCUGCACACAAUGGGGUGGAAGUGCCAUUCAUGCGUGAGAUGGCCGGAGCGUGGCAGAUGAGCGUGGAGCUGAAGAUGGGUUUGUUUUCAGAAACUCAAGUCGGGGCCGGACCCCUAGCUGUCUCGGAGGGAAGCCAGCCUGCACCCUGCGCUCCCGAUGUCGUACCUCACUUCCUCUGGAUAGAGUUCCUGGUGCAGAGGUUCGAGAUAGCCAAAUACAGCAGUGCAGACCAGGUGGAGAUCUUCAUUUCCAUUUUGCAGAGAUCUCUUUCACUGAGUAUCGGAGGAUCCAAAAGCAACAUGAACCGACACGUCGCUGCCAUUGGGCCAAGAUUCAGACUGCUGACUUUGGGUUUAACUCUACUACAUGCUGAUGUUGUGACAAACGCCACUAUCAGAAAUAUGCUGCGAGAAAAGAUCUAUUCCACAGCCUUCGACUUCUUCAGUGUUGCACCCAGGUUUCCCACUCAGGCAGAUAAGAGGCUCAGAGAAGACAUCAGCAUAAUGAUAAAGUUCUAUGCCUGCCUGCUGUCUGACAAGAAGUACCUGACUGCCACCCAGCUGGUCCCACCAGAUCCCCAGGAGAUGUCAUUGAAAGGCCUAUCUGUAAUGGCAGUUGCAGAUAGCCGGAACAGUCUGGACGCAGUUGUUGGUCAGAGGCAGCAGAUUGCCCAGGGAUGGAUCAACACUUACCCUUUGACCUCCGGGAUGUCCACCAUUUCCAAGAAGUCAGGACUAUCUAAAGUAAACAACCGAGGAUCCGAGCUGCACAAAUAUUACAUGAAACGCAGGAUUCUGUUACUGGCUUUACUGGCCAGUGAGAUCGAGCGUCUGACUAUCUGGUACAACCCGUUAUCCACUCAGGAGCUCGCCAUCGCAACAGAGCAGUCGGUGGAAACCAGCAUUGCCAACUGGAGGUCCAAAUACAUCAGUUUGUCAGAAAAACAGGGGAAAGACAACGUCAACAUGGCCUGGACCAUAUCUCCCCACCUGGCUCUGCAGCUGCCUGCCAGAUUUAAAAACUCAAAGUCCAUUGUGUCUGAAGUGACGCGUCUGGUACGAAUGGAUCCAGCUGCUGUGUGUGACGUUCCUGAAGCAGUGAAGUUCUUGGUGACCUGCCAUACAAUUGAUGCGGACUCCCCAGAACUGAGUCAUAUCCUGUGCUGGGCGCCAGUAGAUCCACCAACUGGACUGUCCUACUUCUCCUCCAUGUACCCUCCUCACCCUCUCACGGCCCAGUAUGGGGUCAAAGUGCUACGCUCCUUUCCUCCUGAUGCUAUUUUAUUUUAUAUUCCUCAAAUUGUCCAAGCCCUUCGGUACGAUAAGAUGGGCUAUGUGAGAGAGUACAUCCUGUGGGCUGCUCAGAAGUCUCAGCUGCUGGCUCACCAGUUCAUCUGGAACAUGAAGACCAACAUGUUCCUGGACGAGGAGGGACACCAUAAAGACCCGGACAUCGGGGAGCUGCUGGAAGAGAUGGUGGAGGAGAUCAUUGGAUCUCUGUCUGGCCCAGCCAAAGACUUUUACCAAAGAGAGUUUGACUUCUUCAACAAGAUCACCAACGUGUCCGCCAUUAUCAAACCUAUUCCUAAAGGGGAAGAGAGGAAGAAGGCCUGUCUGGAGGCAUUGGCGCAGAUUAAAGUCCAGCAUGGCUGUUACCUUCCCAGUAACCCUGAGGCCAUAGUUUUGGACAUAGAUUAUAAGUCCGGUACUCCCAUGCAGAGUGCUGCCAAAGCACCGUACUUGGCCAAGUUCAAAGUUAAGAGAUGUGGAGUGAGUGAGCUGGAAAAAGAAGGUCUUCGGUGCCAAUUACGUUCUGAGGAUGAGAAGGACGUUGAGGAAGAGGCCAGUGCCUGCUGGCAGGCGGCAAUCUUCAAAGUUGGAGACGACUGCAGACAGGACAUGUUGGCUCUGCAGAUCAUCAGCCUGUUCAAGAACAUCUUCCAGAUGGUGGGGCUGGAUCUCUAUGUAUUUCCGUACAGAGUGGUCGCCACAGCACCUGGAUGUGGAGUGAUUGAGUGCAUCCCUGACUGCAAGUCUCGGGACCAACUGGGCCGACAGACCGACUUUGGCAUGUACGAUUACUUCAGGAAUCAGUAUGGAGACGAAUCCACACUCGCAUUUCAGAAGGCACGAUAUAACUUCAUCCGCAGUAUGGCAGCGUACAGCUUGCUGCUCUUCCUGCUGCAGAUAAAAGACAGACACAACGGCAACAUCAUGCUGGACAGCCAGGGCCAUCUCAUUCACAUCGACUUUGGGUUCAUGUUUGAAAGUUCUCCUGGAGGGAAUCUUGGCUGGGAGCCGGAUAUCAAACUGACGGAUGAGAUGGUGAUGAUCAUGGGUGGGAAGAUGGAGGCGACGCCCUUCAAGUGGUUCAUGGAGAUGUGUGUGAGGGGAUACCUGGCUGUGAGGCCCUACAUGGACGCCGUGGUCUCUUUAGUAAAUCUCAUGCUGGACACAGGACUUCCCUGCUUCAGAGGGCAGACCAUCAAACUACUCACUCAACGAUUCAACCCUGGCAUGAGUGAGAAAGAUGCAGCUUCCUUCAUCAUUAAAGUCAUCCAGAACUGCUUCCUCAGCAACAGGAGCCGAACGUACGAUAUGCUCCAGUACUACCAAAACCAGAUCCCGUACUAAACGUCAGUGCCUGAGCAUGUGCGUCUGUUGGCCGGUACAUAAUGUAUGUGCCUUUUGUUGAAUUCCCGUCUGGAAAUUGUAACUUAGCUGUUUUUGCUGGUUGUUGGAUUUUGUCCUUAGUAUUUGCUUUAUCAUCCUUUAUUUAUUGUGUUAUGUUGAAAUCAAUCUUACUCCUAUUUACUGUACGGUUGCACUAGCAUCUUGACUUCUGUGUAUUUCAACGAGUAUCUCUCGUUAAUCUGCACGUUCAGUAAAUACUUUGUCAGAGUUUGUGCCAAGUUCUUAAUUGUACUAUUUGUGAAUGUGGCUUCUGAUGAUUUUAAUUGGGGUUUGGAAUUUGACUGUAAGUGGAUGUUUUAUGGUAACAGAAGUAAACCCGUGCCAGUUCUGACCAAUGUGGCCUAUUCAGUCAUCCUGUUCUACAUCCU